AUGUCGAGUCUAUACAAGCUCUCAAUUCAAGGGAUUAGAUCUUUUGAUACCAAUGGCUCGGAAACUAUUCAAUUCGGAUCACCUCUUACUUUGAUUUGCGGUCAGAAUGGUUCAGGGAAGACUACUAUAAUUGAGUGCUUGAAGUACAUUACAACCGGUGAUCUCCCCCCCAAUUCCAAGGGAGCUGCAUUUAUAUUGGAUCCUGAUGUCUGUGGUCGGAGUGUGGUGAGUGCCCAGGUUAAGUUGGCCUAUGUGAACAUGAAAGGUAACUCUAUGAUUGCCACUCGAACAAUGCAAUUGACGAAGAAACGUGGUGGACGAGGGACAACUACUGGCCACACGUUUAAGACUUUGGAAGGUAACCUUACAAUUAUUGAUAAGAACCAAGAUAAAAGGGCCCUUCUGACCAAAUCAUCCGAAUUGGACCUACAGAUCCCCCGUUCAUUGGGCUGUUCAAAAGCUAUUCUAGACUACGUGCUCUUCUGCCACCAAGAUGAUAGUCUCUGGCCCUUGAGCGAGGCCAGUGUCCUUAAAAAACGGUUUGACGAGAUCUUUGAAGCAUCAAAGUACACUAAAGUCUUGGACUCGUUGAAGUCGAUUAAUAAGGAAAUGACUCAAGACAUCAAACUUCUUGAACAAGGUGUAAACCACUUGAAAUUGGAUUCAGACAGGGCAAAACGCAUUAAAUACAAGCUUGAGCAAACCAACGAUAAUGUAGAGGCAUUAAUGGAAGGUAUUGUGGAAGUUAAGUUAAAGAUAGAGGAAAAAGAACAUGAAGCAGAAAAGUUGUUCAACACAGCUCAGGAUUAUGAACAAACAUUGGCAGAAUAUGAUGAAAUUAACCAUACAAUAGCAACUUUAACAAAACAGUUGGAAAGAAUCUCCAAAUCAAUGGAGUUUUUAACUGACAUGAGUGAUGACGAGUUGCUUAACCAACGUAAUAACUUUGAGGAAUUGAAUGAAGGGAAAAAGUCACAAAUACAAGUAUUAAAAGAAAAGUUCAAGACAAGAAAGGCCGAAAUUGAGCAAUUGAUGGCGAAUUUGAAUAAAUUAAUUCGGUUGGAUGGGACAUUAAGAGCAAGAGAAAGUGAUUAUGAAAAUAAUUUAAAAUUACUUUUGACCUUGCACAACGAAGAGUCUUUGGAAUUAGCAAAGGAAAAGCUUUCAAAAGAAUGUACGUUGUUGGAGAAAGAACAUAGUAACUUCCAGGCCGCAAGCAAGAAGGAAGAAACGGAGAAGAGAACAUCCCUUCAGAAAACUCUUGAUAGUAUCCUUAAAGAUAAACAGAAUGAGGAAUAUGCAAAACUGGAAUUGGCUUCUCUUACUGAUAAAAUUGCAAUAUCCAAGAAGCAAUUGGGACUUUUCAAGACGAAGGUUCAAGAUCUUGAUCUUAUGAAAACUGAACUUGAAGCAUUGGAAAAGCAAUUGAAUGAAAGAAAGUCAAAGAACGAAAUUGCUAUAAUUGAUAAAGAGAUUGAAUCUUCGAAGGGAAUAUUGGCUUCAAAGGAAAUAGAAAUCGAGGAGCUCAACAAAAAAAUCUCCAUCACAAACAAACAAUCAGGUAUCCAUUCUCGUAUUGCAUACCUUAAGGAGCAGAAUCAGAUGAAGCAACGAGCACUUGAUACCAUAUUACGUCAAGAAGAAGAACAAAUCAAAAGCAUUUUGGGCACACCUUUAGAUUAUAAGCAAUGUCAAUCUCAAUUGCAAAAGAUUCAAGAAUCAAACAGUUCAAAGUUGGAAGCACAAUCGAAUGUUGUAAAUAACAAGCUAAACGAGUGGCAGAAUGUUCGAACAUUCAAAUCUGCUGAAGAGGAAAAGCUCUCACUGUUGAACAAGCAAAUUCAAAAGAACAAGCAAAUUAUUAUGAAGGCAUCCUUGAGUGAAGAAGAUAUUAAUGAUUAUGAACAUCUUAUUCAGGAGUUGCAGGAUGAUUAUAAUACUACUUACGAAAACAUGAACACUGCAGAUUUAUCAAUCCAGUUCAAAGUGAAAGCAAUUGAAAUUGCCGAGAAGUCCAAUCAUUGUCAAUUAUGUCAGAGACCUUUUGAUACUCUUGGAUUACGGAAGUUCAUUACUUCACUUAAAGAAUCACUUGAAGACACCAAUUUGAAGGAGAAGCUUAAGACUCAAUUCAACGAAGCUAAGCAAGAGUUGGAGUCUGUAAAAUCUGUCAAUAAUAAUGUACUCCAAUAUAGAGGUCUUGUGAGUGAAGUCAACCUUUGCAAAGACCAAUUGCAAAAGCUUCAGAGCGAGGAGAUCACUACAAAGGCCGCCUAUGACAAAGAGAUUGAGUCAUUAAAUGAGCUAAAGAAUAUAUCACUGUCCACUGAUGCUAUUAGUGAAGUAAUUGGGAACAUUACUAGAUUUUACGGUGAACUAGGAAGUAAUGAAGCCCAGAUCAAAGAGCUUAAUGAUGAGUUGAAUGAUUAUGGAACAAACAACUUAUCAAUUACUGAAUUACAAAGUCGGCAAACACUUUUACACUCUGAAAGUAAGGACUUGCGUGAGGCGGUUGAGGAGAAAUCCGAAUCUAAGUAUCGGAUUAUACGUGAAAUUGGGAGGAUUGAAAAUAAAGUGAAAGAUAAUAAACUUGAAGUUAGUGAAUUGGAAAAGAAAAUUGGGGACAUCAAAAAUUUAGAGACUUCGGUUAAGGAAAUGGAGUCCAAGAUAACGGAAACGAAAACAAGAAUUGAUGAAAUAUCCAGUAGUCUCAGCAAGUUAGAAGAAACAAAGUCUAAAGAAUCUUUGGAGUUGAACGCCGUUAUUGAAAGAAAUAAUCUGAAACAGAAUGACUUGUCGAGUGUUCUAGAGAACAAAAGAUCUCUUCUCAAACGAUUCAUUGGUUUGUAUGACGAUGUUAAGUUGUAUGAAGCUGAAUAUAAGAAUCAACUUGAAGAGAAUAGAGACCAAAUAGUAAUGUUGGAGAGGGAUGAAACAAAAGGUAAAGAAGAACUUGGUAUUCUUGAUAACGAAAUAAGGAAGUUAGAAACUGAAAUUGCCCAAUCUUCUAAGGUUCAACAUAAUAUAAUUGUGAACAUUGACUAUAGGGAGACCGAACGUGAUAUUGAAAUUAACAAGACACGUUUAUCGUCUAUUGAUAUUGAAAGUGCAAAGAACAAGAAGGAAAGAUAUCAAAGGCUUUCCAAAGCAUUAAGAGAGGAAAUCUCUUCAUUGCACUCCGAUCAUGCUGGGAAAUUAGGGGAGGUGAAGGUUUUGAAAGAUCAAGUUUCAAAUUUGAAAAAGGAAUUAGACACAGAGUAUAAAGAUGUUGAUAAGAACUUCCAUGAAGAAUGGGUUAAGUUGCAAACCAAUAUGCUUGCUUCCAAUGAUAUUCAAGUAUAUUCCAAGGCUUUGGAUAAUGCUAUCAUGAAAUAUCAUUCCAUGAAGAUGGAGGACAUUAAUAAAAUUCUUCAAGAGUUAUGGACUCAAACAUACAAAGGAACUGAUAUCGAUUCCAUUGCCAUCAAAAGUGACGUAAAUUUACAGAACAAGGGGAACAGAUCAUACAAUUAUCGAGUUGUAAUGAAUAAAAACUCAGUCGAAUUGGAUAUGCGUGGGAGAUGUUCAGCAGGACAAAAGGUUUUAGCCUCAAUUUUGAUUAGAUUGGCUUUAGCUGAAUGUUUUGGGACAAACUGUGGGAUGAUAGCAUUAGAUGAACCAACCACUAACUUAGAUGCUGAAAAUUCCGAAGCAUUGGCUAUUGCUCUUCAUAGAAUCAUUCAAAUUAGACAACACCAGUCCAAUUUCCAGUUAAUUGUCAUUACACAUGAUGAAAACUUCCUUAGUCAUAUUAAUGGUGACCAAUUUGCUGAUCAUUUCUUCCGAGUUCAACGGAAUGAGAACCAACGAUCCAAGAUCUUUAGACUACCAAUUAGUCUGAUACACGGAGAAUAA